AUGAGCACCGAUAACAACCCCCAGUCUAUAUUGCACAUCUCUGCACCCGAACCACAUGAACCAUCCCCGCCCCUUCUCAUCUUCGUCCUCGGCCCUCCCUGCGCCGGCAAGUCGACGAUAUGCACCAUUCUAGCCAAACACUUCAACCUAGACCACUUCUCCCUCGGCAAUGAGCUCCGUAACCUGGUCUCCUCAAACUCGACUGGCCAUCCCGCUCGCAUAAAAUGCAAGCUGUCGGUAGAGGAGCUGGGAGAUCUCGCCAAGAACGUCAAAGCAGGAACACUGGCGCCGUCCAACAGAACACCCAAGUACGUUCGGGAGCGGAUUUUCCCUGAUGGCGUUGUUCCGCCAAACGUACGGAUCCUGAUAGAUGGCUUUCCUAGGGGAGUGGAUCGGUGGGAGACCUUCAAGGAGAGUGUCAAAGAUAUAUGGCAGCCCAAUGGCAAUACUUGGGUAUUAGCAUUGUGUACUGAUCGAGAAGUGGCAAGAGAGAGGUUUGUGAGUCGCGGAAGGGCAGGCGAUGUCUUCGAUAAGCGAUAUGACAGUCAUAAGGAUUCUAUCAGCGAGAUCAUCGCUGCGAUGAAGCAGGAUGAGAUGAAUGUGAUUGAGUGUGAGACUGGGCUGGGCUUCGACCCGCAAGAUAUAGUCGGAAUCGUUGAGAGCAUCUCAUGA